AUGAUGUCGUCAAUCCUGAAAACGGUCGACCUGGCCGACAAUCCUCCCCAUCAAUAUAUCAUUCCCGACGACCCUGAACUUCCUUUGCCCCUCGAUACCACUGUAUCCAAUCCCCGUGCUCCCGACGCCCGAUCUACUCAGCUCUUCUCCACAACCUCCCAGCCUCCGCCUGGCACUACUAGCUUCCGGACACCUAAUCCUCGACGUCGUCGUCUACAACAAAGUAGUCCCGAUACCCUAACGACAGAAACGGCAGCAACCUCGCAACUAGAAGGCUCAAGGGUCGGUGACGUUGCGGCCCAAGACGAAACAACUCAUCAACCCGGCCGAACCGACGGCCGCCCUCCAUCCCGCAAGCGCCGGCGCCUGCUCACCAUGCGUGCUGAUGGGUUAUCAGGCACUAACGGCUUCUCACAAGCUUCUAAUGGGGCUAGCUCAAGGAAAACCAACCUGAACGGCCAAGCGACCGCGUCAGCAAAUGGAGAGUCCCAUGCCAACGGGGCGGGGAAAGCUCCAGCAAGCCAAACAUACUAUGGUCAUGACCGGGAGGAGGUGACUCGGAUUUUGAUUCAGAGUUUAUAUGAGUUGGGUUACAGCGGGUCAGCCUCUGCGUUGAGUGCUGAGAGUGGUCACCAACUGGAGACGGCAGGCGUUGCUACUUUCCGCAGUGCGGUGCUCGGUGGACGCUGGCCGGAAGCUGAGAGAAUUCUCAUUCAAUCAUUCCAGAGUAGUGAAGCACAGAAUGGCCAGGAAUCGGCAUCCGAGGAGACACUGCUGCUAGCAGAGGAGGCGGAUAGAAACGAGAUGCUAUUCUUAUUACGCCAGCAAAAAUUCCUGGAACUCCUAGAUGCAGGCAAUUACGGUGCGGCAUUAGGUGUGUUACGGCAAGAACUGACGCCUUUGAAUUACGACAUUGAUCGGCUCCAUGCUCUUUCUAGUCUGCUCAUGUCGCCAACUCAGCUGUUAUAUGAACAAGCGGGUUGGGAUGGUUCUACCCAGGCAUCUCGAGAACGCCUUCUGGCAGACUUAUCCAAAUCAAUAUCUCCCUCGGUCAUGAUCCCUCAACACCGCCUGGCUAUUUUGCUGGACCACGUGAAGCAAAGCCAAAUCAACAACUGCCUAUACCACAAUACCGCACAGUCACCAUCGCUCUACUCAGAUCAUCUCUGCGACCGGAAUGACUUCCCUCUAGAAGUAGGCAUCGAUCUGACCCAGCACACAGAUGAAGUCUGGUAUUGCGGGUUUUCUCAUGAUGGCACCAAACUAGUCACUGCGGGCAUGGACAGGAUGGUACUCAUAUAUGAUACUGCAGAUUUCACAGUACUUCGCAGAUUGAGUGACCAUGGCAGUGGGGUUGCUUUUGCUAGCUGGAGCCCAGAUGACACAAAACUUAUCACAUGUUCUCAGGACAAGAAAGCACGAUUAUGGAAUGUCGAGACUGGCCAAUGCCUUAUUACCAUCAACAACCAUUCCGAACCAGUGACAUCUGCCGGCUGGGCACCAGACGGAAAGUCUUUUGUGACCUCCUCUUUUGACCCGAACACUCAACUAUGUCACUUGUCUAUUGACGGAACAGAAUUGCACAUGUGGAAAGGUGGAUUCCGAGUGCAAGACUGCGCGAUCAGCCCCGAUGGGCGGAGACUGGUCGCCGCAGACACAGAUUCGAAAAUCCAUGUUUUUGACUUCAAAACCUACGAAGAAGAUUAUUGCCUCUCCUUGUCCAGCAAGCCGACGUCCAUCGCAAUCAGUCGUGAUUCGAAGCAUAUGCUCGUGAACUUGAAAGAGGGUGAAAUUCAACUCAUUGACCUCGAAACUGCUGCUGUGGUGCGACGUUUCAGUGGUCACAAGCAAGGUGAAUUUGUGAUCCGCAGUACUUUCGGCGGAGCUGGUGAAAACUUCAUUGUCAGUGGCAGCGAUGACUCAAAAGUCUACAUUUGGCACAAAGAGAACGGAUCUCUAGUCGAGACCCUUGAUGGGCAUUCCAAAGGCUGCGUGAACUCAAUAUCGUGGAACCCAGCAGAUCCCACUAUGUUUGCUUCGGCAGGCGAUGACCGUGCUGUGCGCAUUUGGUCUCGAGAUCAUAAUCGCUCUCGCCCGACAGGAGGACCUAGCACUCGAGGUGUGUCAACGAGUGGUGUCCCACGGAUGAGUGCCAUGAGGACAACAUAUUCAUUUUAG